GCCUUUGGCACAGCACCAGCUGAGGCGCCGCCCGAGAUGGAUGGUCUCGACACGGGUCCGCGUCGUCAGAAGGUGUCUGAACUGAGGGACUACUCUUCCCGCCUCUGGCGCGGCUCCGACCCUGGGCUACCCCCAUCGGCGGCACUACGGGACAUCCCGGACGUGCCCGCUGCCACGCCCCGUGGUGCUGCGGCGGCGGCAGCGGAGGAACGUGAGCUGGCACUUUUGACGGGCCGAAAGCGAGCACCUCCGGUGACGAGUUCAGAUCCGCUGGCCGGCAUGCUCAUGGGACUUGGCCAGAGUGGGGAGAAGGAGAAGAAAGAAAAAGAGAAAGGGAAGAAAGAAAAGGACAAGAAGAGCAAAGGCAAGAAACACAAGAAGGACAAAGAAAAAAAGAAGAAACACAAAAAGGAGAAGAAGGCGAAGAGUAGCAGCUCUUAA